AUGGCAGUAUCGUCUUUUAAGGCAUCUUCAGUGGAUGAUAAACCACGGUGGUUUAAAGUAUAUGUCCUAGGUAUCAAUACGCUUGGUUUGGUCCAAACCACAUUGGCUAUUGUUCAGGGAUUUACUACUUUUGGGUCCCCACCCCCACGAAUUGCGCCCGUAAAUGUUUCAAUGCUGCUCACACCAAUCAUUGCUGCCUCUGUUCAACCAUAUUUUAUUCACCGAUGUUGGAUAAUGCUCAAUAAGCGAUUAAUGCCAGUUAUUAUUUUGGUGGUGCUCGCUUUGCUUGCGCUUACGUUCGGAAUCAUUGGGAUAGUGACCUACUCGGGAUGGAUUAAAAGCAUUCCGGUAGAGAGGUGGGGGAUUCCAAUGGUUAUAUGCCUGCUCACUAUUCUCUUGUUGGAUGCUAUCGUGGUGGUUACUACUGUAAGGUUCCUGAAGCAAAGUCGCGAAGCACCUCCCGCUGCCUUGUUGGUGGCGGCUGCUAUAAAUGAAGCUGUCCCGGGCAAACGUUCGGCCCUCACAGCUAUUUUUACAACCACAAGUGCAAAAACCUAUGAACUCUCUCUUAUGAUUAGCUUGGUUGGGCAAGGAUAUAUUCGUCGACAAAUUGAACGGUGUCAUCUACCUGCCUCACGGGGUACCGGCGUAGCGGGUCAGGAUAAUGGCAAUCGACCGGUUGCUACUUUUACAACUAUGUCUCCUGAAGGAGUGCACAAACCAAGAUCUACCUCAUUCAGCGAUCAUAGUAAUGGCUGGAAUGGGGAGGCUAUUUCAAGCAAUCAAGGAGUGGAAAACGUCCGAGUCAAUGAUGGGGUGCUUAUUGAAUUGCACUAUCGUUCCACGAGUUAG